AUACAUAUUAUUAAGAACCUAAUUGAGUUUAACAAAUGAAGAAAUGAGAUUUCUAUAAUCAACAAAUGAGGAUAAUUGAUCAAGAUACAUGCGUUGUUGUAGUUGGUAUCACCACUGUAACCAAUCAAGACAGCGAAAAAGAGCCACAAAAUAAGAAUUAAAGGCGGAGAGACUUUAACAAACAUGGUGUUUUAUUUCUUGUUGUUUUUUCAUCCGCGCUUGAAGAAGCUCUUCUUCAAUUAAAUUCCAUUUCUAUAAAAUGGUGGAAUGACCGGUAAAUGUUUGGGUAUCUUCUCUUUAUUGUUUUCGUAUGUCUCUCAUAUUUAGCAUUAUUUGAGUUUUAAUCAAAAAUAAAAUAAAAAUAGAAUAUAUGUAGCCGAUCAAAAUUGAAGAGCUUCAAUGGAAUCAGACGAAACCAUGGAACAAUUAAAGUUAAAUUCCAUCGAUUUUCCUGGUGAAAAAACGAGAUUGCAACCGAGGUUGGGCAAUUCCAACGACUUUCUUGGUAAAAAAUCGUCUCGGCCAAAAUACCAAUGCCGGCUCCUCUGUGACCGAAACUGGAAAAAUCACCGAAAUCUUGGUUGAGACGGCCAAAACGACACAAUGCCCGUUCCUUAAAUUCCAACACCAGAUUUUGAUAGUAAGUGCUCUUUUGGUGUACAUCGGGGGAAUAAGUGAUGGCAUGCAAGUGGCACCAAGUGCAUUUUUUCUAUCAUUUCUCUUGAGUACCCUGGGACCCUAGCUAGCUCCAAGCCGAACCCUGAACCCUAUAAAUCAAGAUAAAAAUCUCUUAAAACCGCACUCCACACACACACACUGACUCGCCUUCACUUCUAAUUAAAUACUGUACUUUUAUCAAACCCUCAAAUUUGGACAUAAAAGUCCUCAAACACAAGGGACCCGCAAACAAUACCACUCCCUUGGACAAAAAUAAAUACUAAUAUUCUCUGUUCCUCAAAACAGAGAAGAGAAAAACCUCUUCAAUGUGUGCAUCAUCAUGAUCCCAUGAUCUCAUUCACACUCUCAUCAUACUAACUUUGAUUUCUUGAUUUCAAUUUCGUGAUCUGGGUUUCUAAUUUGGUUGUUUCAUGGCGCUAUUUAUGAUCUAAUUAGUAAGCUGAGUAGUUUCUUAAAAAUGGCUGUAAUUGGACAAACAGCAACUAAUGUCUGGGAUCGUGUUUUAGAAGUAACUAAAACUGGCCGGAGUAAAGGUAUUGAUCCAGUAACAUGGGUUACUCAAAUCUCUUCAGUUUUGGGUUUUGGGGGUGUUUCUUUACCUUCAACUGAACUUGCAAAUCUGUUGGUUUCUUACAUUUGUUGGGAUAAUAAUGUUCCAAUCUCAUGGAAGUUCUUGGAGAAGGCGUUGACUGCUAAAAUGGUGAACCCUAUGCUGGUUCUUGCUCUACUUUCUUCCAGGGUGAUUCCCAGGCGAAGGUCUCAACCAGCUGCAUAUAGGCUGUUUAUGGAGCUAACUAAGAGGCAUGCCUUUUCAUUUGCAUCUCAAUUCACUGGUUCAAAUGAUCAGAAGUGCAUGAAAGCCAUAGAUGAUGCUCUUCAUCUCUCAGAGAUAUUUGGUCUUCAAGCAUCUGAAGCUGGGAUUCUUGUCGUUGAAUUCGUGUUUUCGAUUGUAUGGCAGUUAGUUGAUGCAACUUUAGAUGACGAAGGGUUGCUGGAACUGACCUUGGAAAAGAAGUCUAGAUGGGCGACAAGGCCGCAAGAUAUGGAAAUAGAUGGUGAUGUUGGCUUCAAUGAGAGGAGUACAGAACAUCAUGAGAGAUUGCAGAAAGCAAAUACAGUGUUUGCGAUAGAUUUGAUUGGUCAGUUCCUGCAGAGUAAAUUGACUUCCAGGCUUCUCUUCUUGGCACGUGAAAACAUGCAGUCACAUUGGGAAGGUUUCAUUCAUCGUUUACGUCUGCUUGCGGCACAGUCUUCUGCAUUAAGGAGUUCAAACACAAUAACACCAGAAACCCUGCUGCAGUUGUCAUCAGAUACACGUAAAAUUUUGUCUCGAGAAAGUAAAGGCGGUCUUCAACAAGAAUUCCACGCAGUUUUGGCUUCUGGGUCUCUGAGUUCAUCCGCUCAUAGUUGUUCUUCAAUUUGGCUUCCUCUUGACCUGUUUCUGGAAGAUACCAAUGAUGGAUCACUUGUUUUAGCAACUAGUGCCAGUGAAAUUCUUACUGGUUUCAUUAAAUCUCUUCAAGCAGUUAAUGGUACUACCUGGCACGACACCUUCUUAGGUCUUUGGUUUACUGCAAUUCGGCAUGUUCAAAGGGAAAGGGAUCCCAUUGAAGGUCCUGUACCUCGCCUUGAUACUCGCUUAUGCUUGUUACUGUCUAUUACCACACUUGCAAUUGCCAAUAUUAUUGAGGAGGAGGAGGAUGCCAUAGCCGCUGAAAAGGAACAAAAUAGCAUGAAUAACCAGUGGACUGACAGACAGGUUGUGGGGAAUCGUCGGUUGGAUUUGGUUUCAAGCUUAAAAUCCCUGGGGGAUUAUGAGGCUUUGCUGGCCCCACCUCAAUCUAUUAUUUCUGCAGCCAAUCAGGCUGCGGCAAAAGCAAUGAUGUUUGUCUCAGGCCUCUCAGUAGAAAGUGGCUACUUUGAUUGCAUUAGCAUGAGUGACAUGCCAAUGAACUGCUCUGGAAACAUGCGGCAUUUGAUAGUUGAGUCUUGUAUUGCUAGAAAUCUGCUGGAUACGUCAGCAUAUUUCUGGCCGAGUUACGUGAAUGGGCGAAUCAGCCAAUUGCCUCAUAUUGCACCUGGCCAAGUGCUUGGUUGGUCAUCAUUAAUGAAAGGGGCCCCAUUAACUCCAGCAAUGGUAAAUGUUUUGGUUUCAGUACCGGCUUCAAGCUUGGCGGAGCUCGAAAAAAUAUUUGAGAUUGCAAUAAAUGGAUCAGACGAUGAGAAGGUCUCCGCUGCCACCAUUCUCUGUGGAGCAUCUCUGGUUCGAGGUUGGAACAUACAGGAGCACACUGUCUGUUUUAUUACAGAACUGCUAUCUCCUCCAGUUCCUGCAGAUUAUUCCGGGAGCGAAAGUCAUUUGAUAGCUUAUGCUCCUUUGCUGAACACCCUUCUUGUUGGCAUGGCAGCAGUUGACUUGGUCCAAAUUUUAUCGCUGCAUGGCUUGGUUCCACAACUUGCGGGUGCAUUGAUUGCCAUCUGUGAGAUUUUUGGUUCAUGUGUGCCGAGUGUCUCAUGGACUCUUCCAACAGGAGAAGAAAUCAAUGCACAUUCAGUUUUUUCGAAUGCGUUUACUCUUCUGUUGAGGCUGUGGAAAUUUAAUUAUCCACCUCUUGAACAUGUCAUUGGAGAUGUUCCCCCAGUGUGGUCCCACUUAACUCUUGAAUAUCUUUUGUUGGUGCGGAAUUCUCAAUUAGUAGUUUCUGGCAACACAUCAACAGUUCAAAGUAGAAGUCACAGAAAAUCAAGAGUCAGAAGUUCAUCAUUUGUGGAACCCAUCUUUGUGGACUCGUUUCCAAAAUUGAAAGUCUGGUACCGGCAGCAUCAAGCAUGUUUGGCAUCAACCCUUUCUGGUCUUGUGCAUGGAACUCCAGUGCAUCAAAUUGUUGAUAACCUUUUAAACAUGAUGUUCAGGAAGACAAUGAAUAAAAGUGGAAACCAGCCUCUAACUUCCGGAAGUAGUAGUUCAUCUGGUCCUGGAAGUGAAGACGCCUCUCUAAGACCUAAACUACCUGCUUGGGAAAUCAUGGAAGCUGUUCCUUUUGUGGUCGAUGCAGCUCUUACAGCUUGCUCUCAUGGAAGACUUUCGCCUCGUGAAUUGGCUACAGGCCUCAAAGAUCUAGCUGAUUUUCUUCCUGCAUCAUUGGGAACCAUUAUCAGUUACUUUUCUGCCGAAGUAACUCGUGGAAUUUGGAAGCCAGCUUUUAUGAAUGGAACUGAUUGGCCAAGCCCUGCAGCAAAUCUCUCGUCUACUGAAGAACAGAUCAAAAGAAUUGUAGCUGCUACUGGCGUUGAUGUUCCGAGCCUUGUUGCAGGAGGAAGCUCUCCAGCAACACUUCCACUACCUUUGGCCGCUUUCGUAAGCCUUACAAUAACCUACAAACUCGAUAAAGACUCAGAAAGAUUCCUCAACCUUGCUGGUCCUGCAUUGGAAAACCUUGCAGCAGGUUGCCCGUGGCCAUGCAUGCCGAUUGUGUCUUCCCUGUGGGUCCAGAAAGUGAAGCGCUGGAGCGAUUUCCUCAUCUUCUCUGCAUCACGCACAGUUUUCCACCAUAAUAAGGAUGCUGUAGUUCAGCUUCUCAAGAGCUGCUUUACAGCUACACUAGGCCUUAGUGGUUCACCUAUAACGAGUAAUGGUGGUGUUGGAGCGCUUCUUGGCCAUGGAUUUGGUUCUCAUUUUUACGGAGGAUUUUCCCCUGUUGCCCCUGGGAUUCUCUAUUUACGAGUAUAUCGAUGUAUUAGAAAUAUUAUGUUCAUGACGGAGGUGAUUCUCUCUCUCUUGAUGGACUCGGUGAAGGAAAUCGCAGCUAGCGAACUGCAAAGACAAAGAAUGGAGAAACUGAAAAGGACCAAAUAUGGGACGAGAUAUGGGCAGAUUUCUCUUGCCGCAGCAAUGAAACAGGUGAAGCUCGCAGCAUCACUAGGAGCUUCACUGGUGUGGUUAUCUGGUGGGGCACCUCUUGCUCAGCGCUUGAUCCAAGAGACAUUACCAUCAUGGUUCCUAUCUGUUCAUGGAUCAGAACAGGAAGGAAGCUGUGGAGGGAUGGGUGCAAUGUUAGGUGGUUACGCACUAGCAUAUUUUGCGGUUAUGUGUGGAACAUUUGCCUGGGGUGUAGAAUCUGUAUCAACAGCUUCAAAGAGACGGCCUAAAGUAAUCAGAACCCACUUCCAAUUCCUAGCAAGUGUGCUCGAUGGGAAGAUCUCACUUGGUUGUGAUUGUGCUACAUGGCGUGCAUAUAUGUUAGGAUCUCUGACUUUGAUGGUCGCUUGCACACCGGAGUGGCUGUUGGAAGUGGAUGUAGACAUCUUGAAGAGAUUAUGUAAAGGAUUGAGGAAUUGGAACGAGGAAGAGCUUGCUGUGGCUCUGUUAGGAAGAGGCGGAAAUGCGACAAUGGGUGCAGCUGCUGAACUGAUUGUUUUAAGUAGUAGUGAAUGAUUCACCUCUUUCUUCGAGAAUGUUGUACAGUAUGUUUUAGAGGUUAUGUAUUCCUAAUUUUGUAUCGUAGAAAUCCGGACUUCUCGUACUAGUAGACCAGUGGUCUUUGUAGAAUCGCCCGUGUACAGUUGCAGAAAGUAGUCAUGGAAAUUGAUGGAAGGUUUUGCAAUAGUAAUAUGGAAGUUGAAAUUGUUGUCUAUUCA